AGGAGGUGCAUGUAUACAUGGUACAGUAUAAGGUGAUAAUACAGGUAUUUGAAAUAACCAAGCGUGUCAGUGAGCCAAAUUCAUAUUUAUAUGUGUACUUUUGGGUAAACUGCAUUUGCUGCACAGUGAGAUUGGUUUGUGUUAGCCUGGCUUGUUUGUGAAAAGGGACAUUUGCGAUUAGAAGCAGGAACGAUUAGGGGGAAAAUCAUGGAGCUUAAACUUGCUGUUAUAUGUUUGACAAUUCUGAUGCUGUUCUGCAGUAGUGGCUUAUGUCACCCACCUGGCAGUAACGAUUCACUGAUUGUUGAAGAAGCUAGGCUAUUAAAGUGGCUGUUUGAGGACCAAACAUAUGACAAAUAUGCCAGGCCUGUUUUGAAGACUAAAGAUACUGUCAACAUGACUUUGGGCAUGAAUCUCGUGCAAAUUGUUGACUUGGAUGAGAAAUCACAGAUACUGACACUGAGCUUGUAUAUCACCAAGAGUUGGACUGACAUCCAAUUGCAAUGGCACCCUGAGGACUUCGGUGGAGUUUCUCAUAUUCGUGUUCCCAUCUCUAAGCUCUGGAAACCGGAUAUUGUCCUUUAUAAUUCAGCAGCUGAAGAGUACAAAAUGACAUUUGAAGCCAAUGCUGUAGUCUAUUCCUCAGGCAUGGUUCUAUGGGUCCCCCAUGCAAUGGUUAAGGUUUACUGUCAGCUAGAUAUGUCCAGGUUUCCAUUUGAUGAACAGAAAUGUGAAUUGAAGUUUGGUUCAUGGACAUAUGACGGUUUUAUGCUGAACAUGGAGCCAUCUUCGUACAAUUCCGCAGAGGUAUCUUCUACGUAUAUCCUGUCUGGAGAAUGGGAUGUGACAUCAUGGGAAGCCAAGAAGAAUGUUAAAUACUACGCUUGUUGUAAGGAACCAUACCCUGAUGUUACAUACACAAUUGGUCUAAAGAGAGUGUCCGUCUACCACAGAUACAUGUUCUUGUUCCCCGUCAUCAUGCUGUGUAUUCUGACCAUGUUCCUUUUUGUACUCCCACCAGAGUCUGGAGAGAAAGUGAAUCUAGGUAUCGGGAUAGUCCUUGCCUAUGUGUUUAUGCUGCUCAUGCUUGAGAAUUAUCUUCCAACUGAACUGACACAGGUCCCUAUGAUAGGUGCAUAUUAUUGCUUCAACCUGGUUAUGGUAGUCCUAUCCAUCAUUAUAUCAAUGUUUGUAUUGAACAUGUGCGUCAGAGGUCCAAGAAGGGGAAGUGCACCAAACUGGCUCAAGUCGCUUGUUCACGGUAAGCUGGGUUCUCUGUGUUGCGUUCGAGAAGAAAGGUACUCACCACUGGUCCACUUUGAACACAGAGACGACGACGAAGCUCAGCUCACGUCAAAUAUUGUCAGAAAUAAUGACACCGAUGAAAUGACCGAUCUGAACACGAACAAGCUUGAUAAAACCUUGACCGAGAUCUUGAGAUAUUUGAAGAGCUCCAAUCAAGACCCUCGUCCAUCACCUGCGCAAGUUAACCAGGACGAGUGGUACAAAGCUGCAUUGAUGCUGGAUCGCAUUGCACUCAUUUUGUACAUCAUCGUUUGUAUUAUAGGAUCAAUAUGUAUACUUUUGUAA